AGAGGAGAGGUUCUCGGCUGUCGCGAAGCGAGUUGAUUCCGCGCCACUUCGUUUCCGACUCGUGUCUACGUACGACGUGCCCGAGGACUAAUCCAGAACGCAUCCUUCUUUUGUCUGCUAAGCAAGAAAACUAGCAAUAUGGUUGACCAGGCUGUUCUGGACAAGCUUGAGGCUGGCUUCAGCAAAUUGGCCGCCUCCGACAGCAAGUCUCUGCUGAAGAAGUAUCUGACGAAGGAGGUCUUCGAUCAACUCAAGACGAAGAAGACUUCCUUUGGUUCCACUCUUCUCGACGUGAUCCAGUCUGGUGUUGAGAACCUGGACUCCGGCGUCGGUAUCUACGCCCCUGACGCUGAGUCUUACACAGUUUUCGCUGACCUCUUCGACCCCAUCAUCGAGGACUACCACAGUGGCUUCAAGAAGACCGACAAGCACCCACCGAAAGAUUUUGGCGACGUCGACACUCUUGGAAACCUCGACCCUGCUGCUGAAUUUGUGGUCUCCACUCGUGUGAGAUGCGGACGUUCCAUGGAAGGCUAUCCAUUCAACCCCUGCUUGACCGAGGCUCAGUACAAGGAGAUGGAAGACAAGGUAUCCGCCACUCUGUCUGGUCUGGAGGGCGAGCUGAAAGGGACCUUCUAUCCCUUGACCGGCAUGAGCAAAGAGGUCCAGCAGAAGCUGAUCGACGACCACUUCCUCUUCAAGGAGGGCGAUCGCUUCUUGCAGGCCGCCAACGCCUGCCGUUUCUGGCCCACUGGCCGUGGUAUUUUCCACAACGAUGACAAGACUUUCUUGGUAUGGUGCAACGAGGAGGAUCAUCUCCGUAUCAUCUCCAUGCAGAUGGGCGGUGAUCUUGGACAGGUGUACCGCCGUCUGGUGUCCGCCGUGAACGAGAUCGAGAAACGGGUUCCGUUCUCUCACAACGACCGUCUUGGUUUCCUGACGUUCUGCCCGACGAACCUGGGCACCACUGUGCGCGCCUCCGUGCACAUCAAGGUGCCGAAGCUGGCCGCGAACAGGGAAAAGCUCGAGGAGAUCGCGUCCAAGUUCAACCUCCAGGUGCGCGGUACUCGCGGCGAGCACACCGAGGCCGAGGGCGGCAUCUACGAUAUUUCCAACAAGCGACGUCUCGGUCUCACCGAGUACCAGGCUGUGAAGGAGAUGCACGACGGGAUCGCCGAGCUGAUCAAGAUCGAGAAGGAACUCUAAAGCGCGCCAGCAAUAACCGACACCACGACCAUCUCCCCCUUCCCAAUUCGCCCUUUAGACGUUCUUGACGCAUCGAGGACCCACUUCUUGGACAAACGAACCGGACGAAGAUCCUCCGGUUGUUCACGCUGAGCGAGAAAACGUCUCUCGAAAUAUUCUAAGAAUGCUCGAGAGUACCCACAGUCGUUAGAACGACAAUCGCGUUCGUUGACGUGAAAUUGUCAGAAAGAAUUGUGUUCUAAAUAAUAAAGGAGAAAGAAAACGAUAUCCGAAAGAGGGCAUUUUCGAUCCACGUGAAUCGCGUGGAGUUAAAAAGAAAGAGAUAGAGGAAACCACGUUGCCCAUAAGAUUUUAGACGCCAUGUUAUUCUCGUCCUCGAUGUGCUAAGACCUUGUGCAGCUACAAGCGGGUCCUUAGAGUUUGAAACAGACGAUGGGGGAGGCCCGUCCGCGUCGAGAAGGUUCGGGAAUCGAGUCGGAAGAUCAGAAGUAAGAUAUUUUGAGUUGCCAAAAGUAUGGAACUUGACAGCGGACGGUUGCUCCUCGCCCUCGUCUCUUGUAUCUUCGCCGAUCUUUUCCCCUUUACACGCGUUAUGAUUACUACUAUUAUUAUUAUUAUUAUUAUUAUCGUUAUUAUUAAUAUUAUUAUUAUUAUUGUCUCUUAUGUUGACUCAACAAGUUCCUUCCUAUUGAUCCGUAUGAUUAAAAUAAAAAAAAACACGCAAAGAGAAGAGAAAAAUGCGAAGUAGCUUUGUAUUACACACGGUAAUGCAACGCGUAUUAUAUAUGUUUAACAGUAUUUUGAUUUCGUUUCACCCUGUUUUUUUUCUAAGGACAUGUAAUCCAACAUGUAGAAAAUACACGCAGUAUUCUUUCAUUUCUCUAUUCUUAUCGUUUCUUCUUGCUCCCUUCAACUUUUUGUGCCGUUCGUGUUUAUUGGUCGUUUAGGUUUCUUGUCUGCACCCAACCCUCGACAUUGUGAUCGUCCUCGAAGAAAAAAAAAAAAAAAAAAAAAUGGAAACUAACGUUGUGUAAGGUUUGCGUUGGUCAAUGGUCGUUAGACUGCUUGACGCAUCGAUGAAGUUUUGGAUUUUUGUACUGUUUCACGGAAGUCGAGUCGGUCCUUUUUUUACCGGUUUGGAGCUUUCUGCUCUCGGGAGGACUCAUUGAAUAUUAACUAUAAAUGGCAGGGAAAAAUUUGUAUCAACGAAGAGAAGCGAUAGACGCUUCGUGAUUUGAAUUGCUCGACCUUUGAUCGCGCGAGUGAACGUCUGGGCUACCGCCGCUUUGAAACUUGUAAAACUUUGUAGAUUCUCGGUAAUAAUUUGACGAAAAUGUUUGGUUAAAGUCAUCUUGCGAAAAUGGAUCUUGCUCUGUUGCGAUAAGAAUUUUUCCCUUAUGGUGGGCGUCACGUAAAUUCAACAGCUGUGACACGAUAGACCUUUAACCUUUAACCUUGAAGUAUAAUUCAAAUAAUUGAAUCCGAUACACGAUACGUUGACGGAGACAUUCGCGAGUGUCCCGGUGUCCGAUGGUCGUUUUCUAGUUUGUACGAAA